AUGAAUCAUGGCGUCGAGGUUUCACGUCUCGGCGCCGUGAUCCAUGGCGCCAAGGUCCUGGACGCAGGCAGCGCAUUUUGUGACGUGGCAGUGUCCAAAAAAAAAAAAAAAUUUGGUCGGCGCCAUAGAUCACGGCGCCGACGUAAGGUAAAACUAGCCCGGCUGGCUCCUCUCCCUGCUCACGCAGCGCCCGCGCCCCCGGCCACCGCGCGCCCCGCCGCUCCCUCCACCGCGCACCGCGCGCCGCUGCCGCUGCCGCGGCAGCCACCGCCACGCCGCUGCCCCCGCCCCGCGCGACGAGGCCGCGCGCCCCGCCACCGCGCUCCGCGCGCCGCGCCGCUGGCCCGCCGCUGCCGGUGCCCCGCGCGCCGAGGCCGCGCGCCACGCCGCUGGUCCGCCGCUGCCGGCGCCCCGCGCGCCGAGGCCGCGCGCCACGCCGCUGGCCCGGCCCCGCGCGGCCCGCCGCUGCCCCCGCCCCGCGCGCCCCGAGCGGCGAGGCCGCUGCCCCCGGCCGCCACCGCCGGUGCCCCGGCCCUCCCGGCGGCUUCAGUACGAUAA